AUGAACCACUUGGGAGUCGGUAAAAACUCAAAACCAAGCGCACCCCAACUGAGGUUGGGAUCGGCUAGCAAAGAGAAACUAAGAGCCAUGGGACUCACCGAAUUGGCAAAGGCACAAAACCAAGUGGGGAUGGGAUCGGCUAGGAGAAAGAAACCAAGAGGUAUGGGACCCACCGGAUUGGCAAAAACUCAAAGCCAAGCACACCUGGGGAUGGGAUCGGCCAGGAGAGAGAAACCAAGAGGUAUGGGACCCACCGGAUUGGCAAAACCUCAAAGCCAAGCGCACUUGGGGAUGGGAUUGGCCAGGAGAGAGAAACCAAGAGAGAUGGGACCCACCGGAUUGGCAAAAGCUCAAAACCAAGCGCACCCCAACUGGGGUUGGGAUCGGCUAUGA